ACCAAUAAAAACACGGAACCACAAGGUCCCACAAAAUUAACAUAGACUAGUGAAUAACUAGCCCUGUAUGAAUUCAGUCCGCUACUGAUUUCUGAGAGAUUGAAUCGGAAACAUCAUCAUGCCUGAACCAGCGAAGUCCGCGCCGAAGAAAGGCUCCAAGAAGGCCGUCACUAAGACCGCCGCGAAAGGAGGAAAGAAGCGCAGAAAGUCCAGGAAGGAGAGCUACGCCAUCUACGUGUACAAAGUGCUGAAGCAGGUUCAUCCUGACACCGGGAUCUCUUCGAAGGCGAUGGGCAUCAUGAACUCUUUCGUCAACGAUAUCUUCGAGCGCAUCGCCGGUGAGUCGUCUCGUCUCGCUCACUACAACAAGCGCUCCACCAUCACUUCCCGAGAGAUCCAGACCGCCGUGCGUCUGCUGCUGCCCGGGGAGCUGGCCAAACACGCCGUGUCCGAAGGCACCAAGGCCGUCACCAAGUACACCAGCUCCAAGUAGAGCAGUCCGACCCCGAGACACACCCCAAAGGCUCUUUUAAGAGCCACCCAUCCACUCACUCGAAGAGCUAUUUUACUUUUAUCUUCCAGUCAUAGAUGAAGUGAAGAUGACCUAAACCGUCUGUUACUUUUGUAAUCAUUCUACAGAAACCUCCACUUUCGCUAUGGCAGAUAGUGAUGGGAAGUCACUAUCUGCUCCGCUCCCAAAGAAGAGCCAGCUCUAUCGACUCCUGAAUGGCUUUUAAUUUAGGAUUUUUUUUUUUUUUUUCGUAAACCUUUGUUUUACCAUAAUUUUGCAAAAAUGAAUGGUUUGUGUGUUGAAACCCCUUUCAUGUGCAGCGUUUUUAUGACAAUCCUUAUAAUUGUUUCCAUGGGACUGCACCCACCCAAGCUCCUGUCAAACACCGCGACACGCACGUUUGCAACAACAUUUUCACCGGAGAAAGAGAUAAACGCUUAGAAAAGUCCAUAUAGCAAGCAUGAUGCCUUCUAUUUCUAGAUGACAAAGGUUACCGGUACUGACACUAUGACAAAGGUUACCGGUUACCGGUACUUAUCUGAACUAACGUCAUGAUCACUGCCACUAGAUAUAAAGAACACAAAAAAGUGUCAAAGUGCACUGCUGCUCGUAGACUAGCUCCAGUGCUCAUUGCUGCGAUGCUAAAUGAUAGCUACUCACCAGGACACCAACUCUCCACUCAUUCUCCUCGGACCAUGCAUUACAGGCUUUGACGGCCAUCAGUUCUUGGCAAUUCCUCAUUUGCCCUCUCACGGCUGGCUCGAUUGAAAUCACACCGCUGCGGGUCAUCGCACAUGUUUGCUCUCGCCACCUCUUCCUCAUCCGUCAGUCGCUAUAACGUUAGUUCUGAUGCUGCGUUCCAGGCAGAUUUUUGAGCUCGUAAUCACUAUUUCAUACCACAACUAACGACUUUGUACCGUUCCAGGCAAGUUACGCCAAACUUUCUGAGCGCAAGGAAUUGUAACUAGAUUAUUUAUUUUAAUGCAAGGUUACAUUGACCUAAAAUAAUUUUUUCAAUGUGUACCACUUGCAUAAACACUGCAUCCGUAGGCAGUAUUAUCCGUAGGGGCUGCCAUCAUUGUUUCGCGUGCUGUGUGACCUCGGAACUCGGAGUACAUCGAUCUAGUACGAGACACAAGUUCACGGGGGGGAAGCCACGGAAAAACAAGGGUUGCCUGGAACGCUGCAUCAUACUAGACUGAGGCUACCUUUCCUUGACUUCUCCCCAACGUUACGUCAUCACCGAGUUGCGUAAAAAACGUUACUACCAAAAACUUAAAAAAUAGGUUUUCAAGACCAUUUCAAAAAUGAUAUGCAUAUCUUGAGUGAUUUAUGUACCCAUUAAUCGAAAGUGGUGGUUAACCUGCAACAUGGCCUUUAAUCACGUGACAGCCCCAUACACUAAACCCAAUGCACUCUGAGCCGGAAAGAGAAUUGAUUGAUCUUUCAGUUCUUCGGAUUGUUCGUUCUUUUGUCCCGUGAUGUGACAACAUUGGCUGGAGUAAUUCGUUAAUUUACAACUUUCCUUACAAAUGGGUGCGUAGUAUUUAUUAUUAUUAUUAUUAUUAUUAUUAUUAUUUAUUCUUACAGUUACGUGAUGCAUUUCUGGUUUCAAAUUGUUGCUUUUAAUUUCUGUCAUGAUGGUACUUUUCCAUAACACUGAAUGUGGAAAUAAAGAGUUGGUUAUGCUUAAAAUGUUGAUCUUUUUUUCUGUCUGUUUGUUUUUGUUUAAUUGUGUAGUUAUUAAAUCAGAUUGUCUGUGUAAACCAUACUUUUGUAACAUAUGACACUUUAAACAUUAAAAAA